UAAUGUGUGACCACGAAUUUGAUGUUAUUGUAAUCGACAAUGGUUCUGGAGUUUGUAAAGCUGGUUUUGCUGGUCAUAAGGAGCCUUGUGUUGUCUUUCCCUCAAUUGUGGGACGUCCACAUCACCCAGGCUUUCGGCAUUCGUUUCGAACGGAAGACAAUUAUGUCGGCAACGAUGCCCAAGCUAUACGGGGGAUUUUAUCUGUCACAAAUCCCAUAGAGCGUGGAAUUGUUACGAAUUGGGAGGAUAUGGAGAGAAUUUGGCAUCACACAUUUUACGAUGAAUUACGUGUCAAGCCUGAAGAAUACCUUUUAUUGUUGACUGAGGCCCCACAUACCCCAAAGGCUAAUCGGGAAAAGAUGGCUGAAAUUAUGUUUGAGACAUUCAAAACGCCAGCAAUGUAUACUAGAAUACUUUCUAGAAAAAUUUUUGAACCAGAAAAUUUAAUCUAUAGGUAUAUUGCAAUUCAAGAGGUGCUUUCUCUAUUUGCGUCAGGUCGUUAUACUGGCACUGUUAUUAACUCAGGGCAUGGGGUUACUCAUACUGUUCCAAUUUAUGAAGGCUAUGCUUUUCCUCAUGCUAUUCUUCGUCUCGACUUUGCUGGAAAUGAUUUGACUGAUUAUUUAAUGAAAAUGCUCAAUGAGCGUGGUUAUUCUCUUAGUACAAGUUCUGAUCGAAAAACUGUUGAGGAAAUGAAAGAGAAACUUUGUUAUGUAGCAUUGGACUUUGAAAAGGAAAUGACAAAGGCAGCUUCGUCUUUGGAGAAAAAAUAUAAAUCGCACUACAACGAAUUAUUAACUAUUGGAAAUGAAAGUUUCCGAUGUCCAGAGGCGCUCUUUCAGCCUUCUUUCCUUGGAAUGAAAAUGGAGGGCAUUCAUCAGACUUCUUUAAAUUCGAUUAUGAAAUGUGACACUGACAUCCGUAAAGAAUUAUUUGCAAAUAUUGUUCUCUCUGGUGGCUCAACAAUGUAUCCUGGGAUUUCUGAUCGUAUGAAAAAUGAAAUCGCUGCCCUCGCCCCAUCAGAAACGAAAAUUAAAAUUACAGCCCCUCCAGAACGAAAAUAUUCUGCCUGGAUUGGGGGUUCCGUUGUUGCAUCACUUUCUUCAUUUCCAAAAAUAUGUAUAGUCAAGCAAGAGUAUGACGAGUUUGGUCCGUCGUUUGUACAUCGAAGGUGUUUUUAA